AUGGCGAUCAGCAGAGCGCAGAUGUGCACCAACCGUUUGCAAAAUUCAAUUAGACACCAACGAAAGGAAAUCGCAGCAUUUUUAAAAGAGGGAAGAGAGGAGGGUGCCAGGCUAAAGGGGGAGCACUUACUAAGGGAAUACCGCUUGGAGAGGGCUAUGGAGAUUCUCGUGACCAGCUACCUCGCCACUGAAAAAACGUGCCCGUUGGACUUGCUAUCGCCGAUCCACACACUGCUCUACUGCGAACCCCGAUUGAGCAUUGAUGAGCUGACCACUGUCCGUAGACAGCUCGGAAUGAAAUACGGCGAAGCAUUCGUGGACUCCGCACUCAAGAACGCAAAACAAGAAGUGCACUUCAAGUUGGUGCACGCGCUGUCGCUUGCACCGCCCUUGGAAUUCGACCUGCAACAGCUGCUGUGCGGUAUAGCCAAGGAGUACCUCAUCUCUAACUGGAAACCAAGCAUUGCACUGGAAGAACGGCAAGCUUGUGACUUCAUUCCAAGACCCUCCUUGGCUUCAAGACAAAUAGGAGGCGUUCCUCUACGUGUAUUCGCCAAUUGCCCAGAGGGGCCAGCAGCCAUUCGUAACAGAGAAGGAGCUCAGAGGACAGGUCGCUGGUAUACUCGAAUAUAUAUGUGCAAAGCGGAGGAGAGAAACGCAAAGAACUACGACAAGUGGCUUUUGACUGUGUGUUCCAAGUCUGAACACUUUGCCGUCUGUGGUGAGUGCUCUUCAGAUGCCCCUGCUGUGGAGGGAAUUCCUUUGGGGACCUCCAAAGAUCGGGUGCUUGCUACUUCUCGCGAUCAACCAUUCACGUUACAUCGACAGUACAGCGAUUCGUGGUCUCGGGAGGACUGCGACACCCCUCUCCAUCAGGAGAUAGCAUUUAGUGGCUGGCCUUCGCCUGGCAGUGAGGUCUUUCCCAUCACCCCAGACAAAGUGCAGCCACGCUCUCAGCAACGGAGAGGAUGCAGGAUCUCAGAGGAAGCAGGUCAAACGACAAACGGUAGCGCGAUGGUGUCUAGAGGUGAGGAGAUGCCCGUGUCUGCCUUGUGUGCUCGGGAGGAAUUCAUGCGACACAGUGGAACCUGCAGUCCUCCCAUCCCAACAGCAGCAAUACCUGCAUAUUUUCUCGCAUGA